AGAAGCGUAGUUGCGCACGUGUGAUGACUAGGCGGGUCCUAUCAGCCACAAAAACAAAAUGUUCUUUUAAAUAAAUAGCUAGCCGGCUUGCAAGUGGGAGAUUAGUUACAUAUAUUACAACAUGGCACCUGCUGAAAGAGCUUUCUAUCGCUUCUUGGUGCUGUUCUUCAACUGCCUGCUUACUUUCGGAUCUUACUUCUGUUUCGACAUCCCGAGUGUUCUGCAGGAUCAGUUCCAAGGGAACCUGACAUGUCUCAAUUCGACUGUGGCAAAUAGCACAGUGGAAUGCGUAGAGGGUCUGGGGAUGACCCCACAACAAUAUAACCUGCUGUAUGCCAUCUAUGCCUGGACGAAUGCAGUGGUGGUGAUCAUGGCAGGAUUUCUCAUUGACAAGUUGGGAAACCGCUUUGGCGUCUUCCUCUUCUCCUUCCUGACGGUCCUCGGGUCUUCCAUCUUUGCCCUGGGCUCUCACUUCAAAGGAACAAAGUACCUGCUGCCUCUCAUGCUAACGGGCCGUCUGCUCUUCGGAUCCGGCAAUGGCUCCCUCACCAUUGUCCAGAACCGAAUCACAGCCUUCUGGUUCAAAGGGAAGGAGCUGGCCCUGGCCUUUGGCCUGACCCUGGCCUUCUCCCGCCUUGGCUCAGUUCUCAACUUCUUCUUCACCCAGAGGUUUGAGGCAAAUUUUGGGAUGCAGUGGACACUUUGGGGGGGUACCCUCCUAUGUGUCAUGGGCUUCGUGUCAGCCAUCGUGGUCAGUAGCCUGGACAAGGUUGGCAUGAAGCAGCUGGGCUUGGAUGGGGCCAUCCAGGCAGAAUCCCGCAAAGUGAGGGUGCAGGACUUGGGCCAGCUCUCCCUCAGGUACUGGCUGCUGGUGCUCACCAUCAUGUUCUUCUACAACGGAAUCUUCCCCUUCAUUGCCGACGCCAGCAAGUUUAUCCAGGACAAAUACAGCGGGUACAGCCAGAAUGAGGCCGCCUACAUCGCCGGGGCCGUAUACGACAGCUCCCUGGUGCUCUCAGCUACCGUGGGCAUUCUUAUUGACUACAUAGGUCGGCGAGGCGUGUUUGCGCUGGGCUGCGCCGUGCUCACUCUGCCCGUCUUCGCCCUCCUGGCCUUCACCUACGUGCCCCCACUGGUCUCCACCAUCUGGCUGGGGAUCACCUAUUCCUUCGCUGCGUCAAGUAUGUGGCCUUCGAUUCCACUGAUCGUUCCUCAAGCAACCCUGGGCACAGCCAUGGGUCUGGCCACCUCUGUGCAGAUGAUUGGAAUUGGCCUCUCCAACCUCAUUGUGGGCCAAAUUCUUGGAACUACAUCCAGUGAUGCCAAGAUCCCCUUGUGGCGCUGGCAGAGAAUGAUGGUGUUCAUGUUGGCCAACACCGUGAGCUGCAUCAUCACCGCUGUGCUGCUCAACAUCGUCGACCACCGCCAGGGUGGGACGCUAAAUAAAACCACUAAGAAGUCGGCAGCGGAGCAACCCCCAAGCCCUCCAGAUAGAGACCCCCUGCUGGAGGGAGAGGAAGUACCGGAGGAAGAGGCAUCUGAAAAUUCCCCUUCCAUCAAUGACAGCUAGAAGACUGGGCCGGUAAAAGCAGGACAUGGAUGCUGAAGGGAAGCCACAGCUUCACACACCACCAGUGUGCCUCUGGAUCCGCAGUCCGCCGGCAGGGCUGGAGGAGACAGCUCUGAACAGUGUCUAAUGUAGGUUUAGUUUUUAUAGUUUCGUUUUUACAUUUAAGCCACGGUUUUAUUAAAAUGACAGGAUUCAUUGGUCCUCAAAGUAUUAAGAUGAGUUUAGCAGCUGGCAUAAAGAAUUAUGCAGAUAUUCAGUGCUAUACUGUGUCCCUGUAUACCAGGCUGUAAAACAUUCUGUACAUACUGAACUGAAAUGCUUUUCACAGAGUGCAAGGCAUACAUUUCAGGCAAUUUUAUGGGUAGUGACUGUACUUUUAUGGCUUUGCAUGAGGGAAACACGGUCUCAAUAUUUACAGAAAAAUGUCCUAGUCAGACAAUGCUGCUGGGUACUACGUAUCUGAGGGGAAAAAUUUAAGUUUUCAAAUAUGUACAAUUUUAGAUUUUUAAAUGUUAUUUUUUACUCUGGAAAGGUUACUGCUUCUUACUGUACUGUCACUUUCACAUGUUGUUGUUCAUUUUAAUUACAGAAACUGCUCAGUAUUGGAAAAUACAUAUUAAUCUUUUAAUGGCCAAUUUUAAUUGAAAUUGUCACACAUUGUGCCUGAAAUGGAAAUAAAGUGUGUUGUUAAACUAAAA